UGUUUUUGGUGGGAUCAUCUACAGCAAGCAAAACACUUGGAGGAGGAUAACAGAAGGACUGCAAAUAUACGGAUUGAAUGAGACUGGACUGGACCAGAAGAACAGCAACACACGUAAGAAAAAAACAUAAAAACCUACCUUUGUGCUUCAACAUUUCUUUAAAAAGUCUCAAACUUUUUGCAUGGAACAAGUGGUGAUGAUCCUCAGUGUAUGUUAACCCUAUCUUUCUCUCAGAUUUUGCUUUUUUUUCGAUGUUUGACGCGUCCUUUUGACUCAUUAUUGCUCCUUGUCUGAAGUCUUAAUAUCUAACCACUUGAGAAAACCACCAAGUUUUGAUAUUUUGGGCUUCAAGCUGAAAUCUUGAAUUUUGCUUGUUACUAUCUGUUUGCAAUGGCAACUCUGGUGAAUUCAGUGUCUCCUUUAACAAACCCUUCUCCGGAGACUCUAAGAACAUCUUGUGGGUUAUUCUCUAAUGUCCCAAAUUUCCAUUCUUUUUCGCAUAACAAAGGUUUCACUAGAGUUUUGGCAUCAACCCAGAUUACAAUUUCCCCUAAAGACUCUGUUUGGACACUGUCCAAUUGGAAGGUUGGUAGGAAGGACACAAGAAAUAGGGAUAUUAGGCUCAAUGAUGCUUUUUUUCAUUUGGAGUUUAUUGUUAGAAAGGGUCAUAAACCUGAUGUUGCUCAAGCAACACAGCUGUUGUAUGAUUUGUGCAAGUCGAAUAAGAUGAAGAAAGCGACGAGGGUGAUGGAAAUGACGAUUGAGUCUGGUAUUAUUCCUGAUGCAGCUUCUUAUACUUUUUUGGUUAACAAUUUGUGUAAGAGAGGGAAUAUUGGGUAUGCAAUGCAGUUAGUUGAGAAAAUGGAGGAAAAUGGCUGUCCAACCAAUACGGUAACCUAUAAUUCGCUUGUUAGAGGGCUUUGCAAGCAUGGAAACUUGAAUCAAAGCUUGCAGUUACUAGAUAAGCUGAUGCGAAAGGGGUUGGUCCCGAAUGAAUUCACUCAUUCUUUCUUGCUAGAAGCAGCUUACAAGGAGAGAGGUGUGGAUGAAGCGAUGAAGCUUUUGGAUGGGAUAAUUGCAAAGGGCGGGAAGCCUAACUUGGUUAGUUACAAUGUUUUAUUAACUGGAUUGUGCAAGGAAGGUAGGACGGAAGAGGCAAUUCAGUUCUUCAGGGAUUUGCCAUCAAAGGGAUUUAAUCCGAAUGUUGUGAGCUGUAAUAUUAUACUGAGGAGCUUGUGCUGUGAAGGAAGAUGGGAAGAGGCAAACGAGCUUCUAGCUGAAAUGGACUCGGAGGAGCGUUCACCAUCUCUGGUCACAUACAAUAUACUAAUUGGUUCACUUGCCUCCCAUGGCAGGAUUCAACAUGCAUUUCAGGUUUUGGAUGAAAUGAUGAGGGCAUCAUUUCAGCCCUCUGCCGCAACCUUCAAUCCUAUAAUUUCUCAUCUUUGCAAAGAGGGGAAGGCAGACCUUGUGGUUAAGUGUCUAGAUCAAAUGAUUCAUCACAGCUGUAAUCCCAAUGAUGGAACGUUUAAUGCCAUUGCUGUGCUCUGUGAGGGGGGAAGGGUGCAACGGGCAUUCUCCAUAAUUCAAAGCUUGGGUAAUAAGCAAAAUUCAUCUACCCAUGACUUCUACAGAGGUGUGAUUUCGAGCUUGUGUAGAAAAGGGAACACAUAUCCAGCAUUUCAGCUUUUAUACGAGAUGAUACAGUCUGGAUUUGUUCCUGAUCCUUAUACCUAUUCAUCUUUGAUUAGAGGAUUGUGUGUUGAGGGAAUGCUAGAUGAGGCCUUGGAGAUUUUCAGGCUAUUGGAAGAAAAUGACUAUAGGCCUAUUCUUGGCAAUUUCAAUGCUCUUAUACUUGGGUUUUGUAAAUCUGGUAGAACAGAUUUGUCCUUGGAGAUUUUUGAGAUGAUGGUUUUGAAAGGAUACACACCUAAUGAAACAACUUAUACUAUUUUAGUAGAAGGGAUUGCCCAUGAAGAAGAAAAGGAGCUGGCAGCAGAAGUUUUAAAAGAGUUGUACAUUAGACAAGUCAUGAGACGAAAUACAGUAGAAAGACUUGUUAUGCAAUACGACCUCAAGGGUUUACCGGUAUAAAACUACGUGCAUCAUCCUGAUUAGAAACAAGAAAGGGAACAUGGAAUGAAGAUAUACUUUGAGAAGGCAAAGGGGUGCUCACCAAUACUAAUGCCCAUGCUUCAUCAGAAAUUCAUACCGUGACCUUCCGAUCAAGACUGGGGAAUCAAGGAUCCUGCGUAUUGAAAACGAAAGAGACAGCCACAGCAAUGGUUCGUGUUGAAUGUUUUGAGCACGAGGAAGGAGCACAGGUUCAAGCACUAGGAUUCUUGACCAUGUAGUACUAUUCCUAUAUUUGCUUCACCCUAUGUUCUGUGAGCUGAACAUUGCGCAGAAAACUUGCAUCUUUGUUUUAUGCUGUACAAGUUGAUUCUCAUGAUUGAUGUGGCAUAUGAUUGUAUAAUUUAUUCAUUCUGACUUGGAUUUUUCGCUCUUAAUCGAAAAUGAUGUAUCUCAGCUUA